AUGAAGCACGACGUUCCAAAAGGCAGAGUCUGCGACUGGACUUGUGCGAUGAAAGCCGACGAUCGACAGAUGAGCGACGAGAUGUUCAGCAACGAAUUCCUCGCCGCUCAGCUCGAAGCCCACGUCGCUGCGACUAGCGACGCUGUCAACAACCGCGGCUUUAAACGCUCCUCGCCGGGAUGGACCUACAUGGCACCCAAGAAGUAUCGUGCCAAGUUCAGCUGGAUCGGCCCCUAUCUCCCCUAUGGCCUAGAAGGACAACCUCUCUCCUUCGAAGAGAGCCUGGAGAUGCAGCAAGACCUGGUAGCCAAAUAUCCGGAAUUCCGCCUACGGAUUGUCGAUAUGACGACGCAAGUGAAGGCUUGGUCCACCGCCGGUGAGGCGGACGUGUGCUUCAAUUUCGAAGUUGAAGGUAUACCUCCGGGGAUCGUCAAGCGCGCGAUGGCUGUGACGACUUUCGAGUUUCUGGAGGGUCGAUGGCAGGCGGUGGCGUGUACGUCGCUCGAUGGUGCGAUGAUGAUAUGA